AAAAACUAACUUAACAUGGCUCGAAUGAACCGCCCUGCUCCUGUGGAAGUCACAUACAAGAACAUGAGAUUCCUUAUUACACACAAUCCAACCAAUGUGACCUUAAACAACUUAGAGGAACUUAAGAAGUAUGGAGUUACCACAAUAGUAAGAAUAUGUGAAGCAACUUACGACACUACUCUUGUGGAGAAAGAAGGCAUUCGUGUUCUUGACUGGCCUUUUGAUGAUGGUGCACCACCAUCCAACCAGAUUGUAGAUGACUGGCUAAGUCUUGUAAAGAUUAAGUUUGGUGAAGAAUCUGGCUGCUGUAUUGCUGUCCAUUGUGUUGCAGGCCUUGGCAGAGCUCCAGUGCUUGUUGCCCUAGCAUUAAUUGAAGGUGGAAUGAAGUAUGAAAAUGCAGUGCAGUUCAUAAGACAAAAGCAGCGUGGAGCUUUUAACAGCAAGCAACUUUUGUAUCUGGAGAAGUACCGUCCUAAGAUGCGGCUGCGCUUCAAGGAUUCCAAUGGUCAUAGAAACAACUGUUAUAUUCAAUAAAACUGGGGUGCCUGA